AUGACCAAGCUCACUAUUCUAGCAGGUUUGUGCCUGGUGAUGUGCCAGCUGGCAACUGCCAACCAGAUGGCGUGCUAUUUCACAAACUGGUCUCAGUACCGACCUGGGGUUGGGAAAUACACGCCACAAAAUGUAGACCCAUACUUGUGCACGCAUCUGAUUUAUGCUUUCUCCGUCAUCAACAACAAGAAUGAGCUGGUGACCUACGAGUGGAACGAUGAGGUUCUCUACAAGCCCUUCAAUGGCCUGAAGGCCAAGAACCCUCUUCUGAAGACUCUACUGGCUGUUGGUGGAUGGAACUUUGGUUCAACCCAGUUCUCCAUUAUGGUGUCAAAUGCAGCCAACCGUCAGACGUUCAUCCAGUCAACUAUCAAAUUCCUAAGGACUCAUGGUUUUGAUGGUCUGGAUUUGGACUGGGAGUACCCCGGAUCUCGUGGUAGCCCCCCAGAGGACAAGAAGAGAUUCACUCUUUUGUGCAAGGAGCUUGUUGCUGCCUAUGAAGCCGAGGCUGCAGCCACUGGUAACCCACAACUCAUGCUGACAGCUGCAGUGUCUGCAGGAAAGGGAACCAUUGAUGCCGGAUAUGAGAUUGCCGAGCUUGCCAAGUACCUAAACUUCAUCAAUGUGAUGACCUACGACUUCCAUGGAACCUGGGAGCAAUUUACGGGACACAACAGCCCACUGUACCGUGGCUCUCAGGAUAAAGGGGACUUAAUUUACUUCAACACUGACUAUGCCAUGAGGUACUGGAGAGACAAUGGUACUCCAGUGGAGAAGCUGAGGAUGGGCUUUGCGGCUUAUGGUCGCACUUACCGUCUGACAUCAUCAAACAUUGGUGUUGGAGCCCCUGCUAGCGGUGCUGCAACAGCUGGACCUUACACACGUGAAGCCGGAUUCUGGUCCUAUUAUGAGAUCUGCACCUUUCUGAAGGGUGCUACCACUAGGUGGAUUGAAGACCAGAAAGUUCCCUUUGCCACUAAGAACAAUGAGUGGGUAGGAUUUGAUAACAGGGAGAGCUAUGAGAUCAAGGUCCAGUACAUGAAAAAGAUGAAGUUUGGUGGUGCCUUUGUGUGGGCCCUGGAUCUAGAUGACUUUGCUGGAGAUUUCUGUGGCCAGGGAUCCUACCCUCUGCUGGGACAUCUUCGUAAACUCAUUAACAGUGAACUGCCUCCACUUCCAACAACCACAACUGCCAAACCUGGUUCCACCACAACUGUUUCCACCACAACAACAACAACCUCCAAACCUCCCACCAUCCCCAUCCCAGGGCGUGGCUUCUGUAAAGACAAACCUGAUGGGACGUACUCCCACCCGGAAGACAAGACCAGGUUUUACAUCUGUGCAGGAGGCAGAACCUACCCACAGAAGUGUGGAGCUGGCACAGUCUUUGAUGAGAGUUGCAAGUGCUGCAUCUGGCCCAGAAAUUAG